AUGAUCCCAAUCGCUAGACACUCUGCUCUGCGGGCAGUCCGCUCGAACCUCCGCCCGCGGGCGUUCAACCAGCCCGCAGCCUCUGCGCUCGCCCGCCUUCUCUCGACUCUGGCCGUGCUCGAACAGCGAGACGGUAAGCUCCAGACUUCGUCACUGUCGGCAAUCGCUGCCGCUCAGAAGUUUGGAGGCCCCGUUACCGCAUUUGUGGCUGGAAACAACGUUAAGGGAACCUCUGCUGCCGAGGCCGCCAAGAUCAAGGGCUUGGACAAGGUCGUGGCCGUGGACAACGAGGCCUACGAAAAGGGUCUUCCUGAGAACUACGCUCCCCUUCUCGUGGAGAACAUCAAGAAAGGCGAAUACACCCACAUCAUCGGCGGCCACUCCGCCUUUGGAAAGAGCCUUCUUCCCCGCGUGGCUGCUCUGCUCGACGUGCAGCAGAUCUCCGAUAUCACCGGCAUCGAGGGCGAGGACACUUUCGUCCGCCCCAUCUACGCCGGAAACGCUAUCCUGACCGUCCAGUCGACCGACCCCACCAAGGUGAUCACCGUGCGAGGCACUGCAUUCCAGGGUAUCGAGACGGAGGGCGGCUCCGCCGAGAUCGUCGAGGGUGCUGACCCCAAGGCCCUCCCCCAGACCGAGUGGGUGUCCGAGGAGCUUGCGAAAUCCGAGCGCCCCGACCUGGCCACUGCCUCCCGGGUCGUGUCCGGUGGCCGUGGACUGAAGUCGAAGGAGGAGUUCGACCGGGUGAUCGUGCCCUUGGCUGACUCGCUGGGUGCCGCCAUCGGUGCCUCCCGCGCGGCCGUCGAUAGCGGAUUCGCGGACAACAGUCUCCAGGUCGGUCAGACCGGAAAGAACGUUGCCCCUCAACUAUAUCUCUGCGCUGGUAUCUCGGGUGCCAUUCAGCAUCUGGCUGGUAUGAAGGACAGCAAGGUCAUUGCGGCUAUUAACAAGGACCCCGAUGCUCCUAUCUUCCAAGUUGCUGAUGUUGGUCUUGUCGGUGACCUUUUCGAUAAGGUGCCUGAGUUGACUGAGAAGUUGAAGAGCCAGUAG